GUUUGAUUAUCCUUCUAAUUCGUGUAAAAAGCCAGUACAAGGUUUCAGCUUCUUCCCCCUUUGUUCUAGGGUUUUGAUUUGAUUUUGGGUUGGAAUGAGUAGUCCGUUCAGUGAAGAGAUACUGAUUGAUAAGCUCGCCAAGCUCAACAGCACUCAGCAAUCCAUCCAAACUCUGUCACAGUGGUGUAUAGUCCAUCGUAGUGAAGCUGAGUUGGUUGUUAGGACAUGGGAGAGACAGUUUCACAGUACAGAGAUUGCUCAGAAAGUGCCUCUCUUGUACCUUGCUAACGACAUUCUUCAGAACAGCAAGCGUCAGGGUAAUGAGUUUGUGCAAGAGUUCUGGAAAGUUCUCCCUGGUGCUCUCAAAGAUCUUGUUUCCUUGGGAGAUGACUAUGGAAAAGGCGUUGUUUCACGAUUGGUUAAUAUAUGGGAAGAGAGAAGAGUCUUUGGGUCCCGUUCAAAGAGUCUUAAAGAUGUAAUGCUCUCAGAAGAAGCUCCUCCACCACUUGAUGUCAGUAAAAAGCGAUUACGGGGAUCUAAAUCUGCGAAACGAGAUUCAAAAUCUGCCAAGAUGAAAUUAACGAAUGGAGGUGUGACCGAGAAGAUAGUAUCUGCAUUCAAUUUGGUUCGUGCAGAGAACUCAAAUGAAGAGACAGAGAUGAACAAAUGCAAGUCUGCCGUUAGAAGUAUUAGAAAGAUGGAGAAAGAUGUUGAAGAUGCCUGCUCCACUGCAAAAGACCCGAGGAGAAAAUCAUUGGCAAAAGAACUGGAAGAAGAAGAAAACAUUCUGAGACAAUCUGUUGAGAAACUUAAAUCUGUUGAAGAAAGUAGGACAUCUCUCGUAAAUCAUCUGAGGGAAGCCCUACGCGAACAGGAAUCUGAAUUGGAGAAUCUUCAAUCUCAGAUACAGGUAGCACAAGAACAAACUGAAGAAGCCCAAAGCAUGCAGAAACGGCUCAAUAACGAAACACCGGUUAACAAUAACAACGGAACAUCUGGUCAAUCAGCGAAAAUCACUCCUGCCUCAAUCGCUGCCAUGGCUGAAAUGCUAACUUCAUCAACAAAUUCAUCAAUGAUUAUGCAUUCUGUCUUGUCUUCAUUUGCAGCCGAAUCUACACAGACUUCUGGUCUAUCCAAAUCAAACAGCUCAGACUCAAAUGCAUUUGUUGUUCCUCCAAAUCCUCAGCAGUAUCACAUAAUCCCAAAUCCAGCCGCAUCGCAACAGUUUCUACCUUAUGGGUUUGGUAACAUUCCAUUAAUGCCUCCUGGAGCACUUCCGCCACCGCCUGGAGUGUUACCGCCGCAUAUGAUGAGUAAUAAUAAUCAACCAAACUCAGCUCAGCAACAAUCGCAACAAGGUCAGAGUUUUCAGCCACCGGGUAUGAUGUAUUUUGGACCUCCACACCAUUCUUAAGGUUAGUAAAAAACAAACCAAAAAAUCCAACUAGUUCUAGUUUUAGAUAGUUCCUGACCCACUUUUUUUAUUUGAAUGUAAUGCAUUGUAGAAAAUGGAAACGAGAUCUUUUUUCUUACAAAUCUUUGUAACUUGAGCUGUUUAGUCAAUUUUCUUCUUUGUAACAUAGUACUUCUAUUGUAUCUGCGUU